GCGGUUCCUGGCUAGCCUCAGGGGUUAUCAACCCCAGGGGAAAUAUGAGGUCCGGACCAGUCGUUCAUUCAACUAUUGUGACUCACAAUAGCUUUGUACAAGUGGGUAGGAUCGAGAUCGUAUCACAGAAGACUGAUAGUUCAUGACUUAUCGUGAGCAGACUGGCUUAGCUAUAGGGCAAGGCCACUUCAAAUAGGACACUAUGGCGGAUAUCUGUUAGGCGAUCAGACAACAAGAACAGCCAUGCUUUCUGACAAGGACAUCGAUGGAGGAUGGGCGUGGGUGGUUCUGGUGGCCACAUCACUUGGCAUGGUUUUCAGAGGCAGCACGGCAAUAUCUCCUGGGUUUCUUCAAGUAGAGUUCUUGAAGUAUUUUUCUCAAAGUACAGGCUACACCAGCCUUGUGACGUCCACGUUUCUGUGUCUGGAGUUCGUUAUGGGUCCAAUAUCCAGCGUGUUUUGUAACGUGUUCAGCGUCAGGACGGCCAUGAUGACCGGUGGCGUGUUGAUGUCGCUGGGUCUUGUCAUCGCUAGCUUCACCACAGACAUCGUGCAGCUGCUUCUAGCAUACGGAAUCUUUGGUGGUUUGGGGUUCGGCUUAUCCUACACGCCUCACAACAUAAUUCUUGGUUAUUACUUCAAUCGGCACCAACCUUUAGCAAACGGGGUUUCCCUAGCUGCUUGUGGUUUUGGCCUCGCCGUGGGACCAUUCUUUGUAAUGUGGCUUAUAGAAUCGAGGGGAUGGCGAGCCACAAUCGCAGCUUUAGCUUGCUGUAGUUUGCAGUUCUGUGUGGUUGGCUCUUUGUUUUUCCCUACAAAACGUGAACGAUCAACGAAAUAUGGCCCAGGGAGAAUGAAAAUCCAAUGUGGCAAGUGUCAUACACCGGAAACAUGUUUAUGGUAUUUUAAAGACGUCCGAUUUUGGAUAAUGUGCAUGAACUAUGGACUUUUAAUGGUUGGCUAUGGAAUCCAGAUUGUCCACUUUCCCGCAUAUGCUGAAUCACUGAAUAUACGUCCAGACCUCCUUUCAUGGUUGUACACUACCUUUGGAAUCGUCGUAACUAUAGCACGGGUGCUGUGUGGAGUUUUAUGUAACGACAAAGCGGUGGACCUCCUGAUGGUAUAUUUCAGCACCCAAGCCCUACAGGGACUAGUCAUCGUGUUUAUGCCACUGUACGCUAAAGACUACUUUGGUAUGAUGGCCUAUCAGGUACUGGUGUCCAUCUUCUAUGGAUCUAGCCAGGUCCCUCUGUCACCGCUCGUUGUGGAACUGUUUGGUGUUGACAAAUUGUCCACAGUAUUCGGGUGGAUGAUGCUGUGGGGAGGUGUAGGAGCUCUGGUUGGACCGGUAAUUGCAGGCUGGCUUCAUGACGUCACCACUUCGUACUCCAGUGGGUUUCAUGUCGGAGGUGUUCUGGUGAUGUUAGCUGCAGUGCUCGUUCUGUUCAUCCCCGUGUGUAAACAUGAAGAAAAUAGAGAAGAAAUCACAGAACCGGAACUAGCGGAAAAACUUGUACACAAAGACAAAACUAUUGUUGUGACGUCUGACUUUCAAACAGACGAUGUGUUGUGUCGAAGAUCAUUAGAACUUGAAGAAUAGAAGAAAAACUUCUCGUUCGAACCAAGCCAUGUUAUCCAAGCCCCUCGCCAACGGGGGGUAUUUAUCUCAGGACAUGUUUCAUUCUCAGGGAUUGGGACAGGCAUGAUACGUUCAGAAGCUUGAGGAUAUCCAGAUAGUCAGGGAACUGGACAAUCCGUAGCCACGGAGAUCCUUUUUUAAAAUGUAUUUCGCAAUAGGUUCCACCGUUUUACAACAGACCCUGGCCCGUGAAGAUCUUCAACAACCCAUGCUUGCCGUAAACGGCGACUAUGCUUGUCGUAAGAGGCGACUAACGGGAUCGGGUGGUCAGGCUCGCUGACUUGGUUGA